AUGGAGGUCGAACCUAUUGAGUCGGUUCCUCCUGUUUUUCCUACGCAAUCUCAACAACCGCAACAACCACAAAUUCAGUCUCAACCUCAAGCCCAACCUCUGCCUCCACCUGCGCCUCAGUCUCAGGUAGAAGCACCGCCCAAUGAAAAAGAGAAACAGCCCAAACCGAAGCCUGCAGCGCCUGAAUUGGGCGAGUCGAUCUUGCCCAUGGCGCGUGUGCAAAAGAUUAUGAAGGCGGAUAAAGAGUUGCCGAAUGUUACAAAGGAGGCAGUGCAUACUAUUUCUGUUGCUACUGAAGAGUUUAUCAGGCGGCUGAGUUCGGCUGCUUAUAGUCAAGCUAGUAGGGAUAAGAGGAGUAUGAUUCAUUACAAGGACGUUGCGUUGGCUGUAAAACGGAAUCCCGAGCUACACUUCCUUGAAGGUGUCGUCUUUUUUAACCCAGUUAAUUACUUAGUAUUUACAGCCACAACAGAAAUGAUCCCAACUGCAACCCCAGCCCCUCAAGCCCUCGCACAACACAAGCUCAAACUCGCUGAACGAAAUAGCGCGCCGACAACAUCCACACCGACCAAUGGAGCCAGCACCCCGACAAGUCGUAAAUCCAAACCCACAAACGGGAAGUCUAAGCCCUCUGCCGGGCAGUCCACAGAAGGAACGGUGACGCCAGACGUGGUCGAAGAGCGGAAUGAGAUGGACCUGUCGUAA